AUGGACCUGGAGCCACUACAUACGGAGGGACGCGCUCCUUGGUCGAAGCAGCUAACUGACGAACAAGUUGCACCCCUUCUAUUUAUUGAUUACAUUGAUGGCAAGAAUUGGUUGCCAGUUUGGCAAUCAUCACCACCACCUCCAAAGCCACCUCCUGCACCUCCACCAUCACCAACUCCAACCCCUACUCCACCACCAUGCCCUCCUCCAACACCUCCUCCAAAGCCACCACCGGCACCACCUCCGGCUCCUCCACCUGCUCCUCCACCAAUACCACCACCUUUGCCACCUCCAAAGCCUCCACCAGCACCACCUCCGGCUCCACCUCCUGCACCACCACCUCCACCAACUCCACCUCCUACACCUCCACCUUUGCCACCUCCAAAGCCCCCACCAACACCACCUCCGGUUCCACCGCCUCCACCAGCUCCUCCUCCAAUUCCACCAUCAUGUCCACCUCCGAUUCCUCCUCCAACGCCACCACCUUUGCCACCUCCAAAGCCUCCACCAGCACCACCUCCGGCCCCGCCUCCAACUCCACCUCCUACGCCUCCACCUUUGCCUCCUCCAAAGCCCCCACCAGCACCACCUCCGGCUCCACCGCCUCCACCAGCUCCUCCUCCAAUGCCACCACCAUGUCCACCACCGAUUCCUCCUCCUACACCACCACCUUUGCCACCUCCAAAGCCUCCACCAGCACCACUUCCGGCCCCGCCUCCAACUCCACCUCCUACGCCUCCACCUUUGCCUCCUCCAAAGCCCCCACCAGCACCACCUCCGGCUCCACCAGCUCCUCCUCCAAUGCCACCACCAUGUCCACCACCGAUUCCUCCUCCUACACCACCACCUUUGCCCCCUCCAAAGCCUCCACCAGCACCACCUCCGGCUCCACCUCCUAUGCCACCACCAUGUCCACCACCGAUUCCUCCUCCGACCCCACCACCUUUUCCCCCUCCAAAGCCUCCACCAGCACCACCUCCGGCUCCACCUCCAAUGCCGCCACCAUGUCCACCACCAAUUCCUCCUCCCACACCACCACCUUUGCCACCUCCAAAGCCUCCACCAGCACCACCUCCGAUGCCACCACCAUGUCCACCUCCGAUUCCUCCUCCAGCUCCACCACCUUUGCCUCCUCCAAAACCUCCACCAACUCCACCUCCAAAACCACCUCCUGCACCACCACCUUUACCAAAACCCCCACCACCACCAAAACCACCUCCUCCAAUGCCAUCAACUAAUUCAUCUUCCUUGAUUUUUCGGCAUUCUGCUAUUCCUAUCACCAAUACAAACAACACAGCAAGUGUUCCAGCAUACUUAUGCAACUUCCCCAUAUCUUUGUUCAAACAGAGAAAACAAAGCUAUAAAUGA